AUAACUCUCGGAAAAGUGCGGAGCGCACGAGACCCUGGUGAAUUCCCGCGGCAGCUCCAACACGCAGACUGAAUGAGUCCAUCUCUGGCUGCCGGACGGACUCCUGAAGAGCGCAGGACGGAUGCAAACAGACUAAACACAUCUUGGCGAUCCAGCACCCGCUCAGCCUCCCUGCCGACGCCGUUCUAACCGCACGGGGUUGACUCUCGCACGAGGACCUGCCGUUUCACGGACAGGGAGAAGAUGCCAUUCCACCAUGUGCGGGCGGGCCUGCUCUAUCCAGACAACUACCUGAGCAGCUCCCUGACGGAGGGCAGCGAAGCCUUCCAGCUCACCAGCAUCUCCACGGAGGAGCUGGGAGAGAUCCGUGAGGCGUUUCGAGUUCUGGAUCGCGAUGGGAAUGGUUUCAUCUCCAAGCAGGAGCUGGGCAUGGCCAUGCGCUCGCUGGGUUACAUGCCCAGCGAGGUGGAGCUGGCCAUCAUCAUGCAGAGACUGGACAUGGAUGGGGACGGCCAGGUGGACUUUGAGGAGUUCAUGACGAUACUGGGGCCCAAGCUGCUGUCGUCCGACAACAGAGAAGGAUUCCUGGGCAACACCAUCGACAACAUCUUCUGGCAGUUUGACAUGCAGCAGCUGUCUCUGGAUGAGCUGAAACAGGUGCUGUUCCACGCCUUCCGGGACCAUCUGACAAUGAAGGACAUAGAGAACAUCAUCAUCACCGAGGAGGAGAGCCUCAACGAAACCUCAGGGAACUGCCCUGAGUAUGAGGGAGUCCAUCCUAAGAAGAAGAACCGGCAGACGUGUGUCAGGAAAAGCCUGAUCUGCGCCUUCGCCAUGGCUUUCAUCAUCAGUGUCAUGCUCAUUGCGGCCAAUCAGAUGCUGCGAAACGGCAUGGAGUAACCAAUUGCACUGUGAGCAUGGGGAGUGGACAGAACAGCCAUGACCUCACGUCCUGUCUCUGCAGCCAAAGCUGGACCAGCCACAACCGAGCACUUCUCUAAACAAUCACUCCGAGGUUUUACUCUUCUUUUCUCUUUACUUUGGCUUGGUUUCUUUUUUUAACCUUUCCUUAUAAAAUCAGACAGUGUAAAUGAAAUGUAGAUGGAUGUACCUGUUGUUUCGCAUUGAAGAUGUCACCAUGUGGAUUCACUGGACUUGCUGGUCUGGUCAUGAGGAGCCUGAACUUCAGCUAAAUUCAGUUUUGAUAUGAAUCACGAGCCGAAGAAGGGUGUUUUACUUUGUUGCUUUUGAGACCAAGACCGCCCUUUAACCUUGAUUUUUUUUAAUUAACAAAAAAAUGUUAUCAGGUGCUUUGAGCCAUUCUCUAAUUUCAAAAAAAACAAACAGCGAUUACGGGAAAAUGCGUCUUUACCCUCCAGAAGUUGAACUGAAUGUGAACUGAGUGAAUGUUGGGCGCUGAAUGUGGGCCAUUGUAUUUUAAAAUACAUGAGAAUUUUGUCACAUUUCACGCAGUUAUGUAUAAACGUCACACAUUUUGUGAAGCGAUUCACGUAUCUACAAGAAGCACAACUCAACACUCAGCGAGGGACCGGCGUGGAGCCACCGCCGUCCCGCUGUUGUCGUUCUUUCAGAGCUGACUGAUCGAUCAAACAUGUGUGUGGAGUGUAAAACGCAGUGUUGUCGGCAUGCACGAUGUAAAUUCAAGCCGUCUGACGGGUGUAAAAAACAUGAAGGCUAGAAGAAAAAAAG